UCUGGAGCGAUCUGGUCCACGCACAUCGCUGUAAAAAGAUCCAUCAGUCAACCUGUAAAAACAGUUCACUCCUGAAACAAUGAGCACUUCCCACCCUGCAUCUCUACCCUCCAUCGACAUCCUGGAGGAUCUGCAGCUUAUUACAGCACAGAACCUGGAGAAGCUGGACAUUAACAAGUAUUAUGAGGUCAUAAGGGAGCUGGGCAAAGGCACCUAUGGCAAGGUGGACCUGGUUGUUCACAAGAUCAGAGGCACUAAGAUGGCCCUGAAGUUCUUGAGGAAGAAAACCACCAAGCUUCGAAGUUUCCUUAGGGAGUGCAGCAUCUCGCUCUACCUCUCGCCCUGCCCAUACAUCAUCAACAUGUUCGGCAUCUUCUUUGAGACGGACGAGUAUUACAUCUUUGCCCAGGAAUAUGCACUGGCUGGAGAUCUAUUUGAUAUAAUUCCGCCCCAGGUGGGGCUCCCGGAGAGCAUGGCGAAGCGAUGUGUACACCAAGUGGCCUUGGCACUGGAUUACUUGCAUUCUAGGAAGCUGGUACACCGUGACAUUAAGCCUGAGAACGUGCUCAUCUUUGAUCGGGAGUGCCGUAAGGUAAAGCUGUCGGACUUUGGCAUGACGCGACGAGCUGGCUCGCCGGUGAAGCGUGUAAGUGGAACGAUCCCAUACACGGCACCUGAGCUGUGUGAACUAGGCCAUGAUGGCUUCUAUGUGGACUAUAGUACAGACGUUUGGGCUUUCGGAGUGCUACUGUUCUGCAUGCUUACGGGCAACUUUCCCUGGGAGAAGGCACUUCCAUGUGAUGCCUUUUAUGAGGAGUUUGCACGCUGGCAGCAACAGCCAAGAAGAAAGACAGGCCCAGUACCCUCGCAGUGGCGCCGCUUUACCAACGAAGCUCUGAGCAUGUUUAGGCAUCUUCUGGCCAUUGAGAAGGAGCAACGCUGUUCUGUCACAAAGGUUCUGGGAUUAUUGGGGCACUCUUGGAUGCUGGACACAGAAAACGGCAAUACAGCAACUUCUCCCACUGGCUCAGUGGUCAAGGAUAAUCUUGCAGAUCUAAGUUCAUCUUCCUCAUCAGAGGAUGAGCUGGUGGAGCGUCUGAAGCAGCAGAGCCUGUCACCCGUGUGCACUGUAGGUAAAGCAGGCAUUGUCAUUGAGCCAGUCGCACCUCGCUACUCCAAUGUGUCAGCCAACAGCUCACCCUCCUCCACUGGCAGCUACGAACGCAUCUCACGUGACGAAAACGGAAAUAAUGGUCGUAUCCUCGUAACUACGCCCAUCGAGAUUUGCGUGUAGAAAAAUGCCAGGAGACUAUACCUUCACUAGACAUCUGGAACAUGAUUUAGGACCUGAACCUGAAGAAGAAACUUCCCUGUACUUCAUGCUGAGUGAAAGCAGUGAAAGCAUUCUGUAGAGGCGUGAUGAGUGUUUCUGAGGGACAGGUCCAACUGAGUCCGAUCGCACCAACUGCGUAUCUAUGAGUUUCAACCAUAUUAGUCCAUUGCAUUAAUAGAAAGAAGAAACUGGACAAAAAGGAGGAACGUUGGUCAUGGUUAAAAACAAACAUUUCCUGUGUAAAGCAAUAUGUUAAAUGUUUGCAAAAAAAGAGUUACAGUCCAAGUGGAAUAAAGAAUAAUGAA